UAUUUCAAGGGUUAAAUCAGUCAGAUGAGGAGGACUGUUUGAACUCGGUUCUGUUUGAUCAGUGAAUACCCACUACAAAGUCCAGCUGAAGAUUAUAUUCACAAACCAACAGUUCAUACACACAAACAGAGAUUUCAGAAAGAGAGAGAGAGAGCAGGAUGUGGGUCAUUCCAGUCAUAAUUGUAGCCUCUCUUCUGAGCACCCCUGCUUAUGCUGGGAUAAAAGAUCUCAGUUCACAUUUUAAUGACAAAACGUCGGUGGACGCCCGUGGACAUUCUCCAGGUGAGGGGACUACAGACAUAGAGUCCAUACCUCUUGACUUCCACCGUGAGAACACGGUCACCAAUGACCUGCCGAUGGAAGGACUCGAUGAAGAAGACUACAUCGACUUUGAUAAGAUCCUGGCAGAGGGUGAAGAUGACUACAGUGAAGGUGAUGCAAUCGAUGAGAUCUCCACCCCCGCCCCUCAUCUUGACCCCUUCUCGGAACCCACCGACCCGAAAAUACGACGGGAGCGUCUCCUGCGGCUAUUCCACGGGCGGACACGCCUGCAGCGAAUCAAUGUGGUCAACGGCCGCUUUGGGUGUAGGCUUUAUCGGAAACUUCGUAAUCGACUCAACCAGACAGACAACAUCCUGUUGGCCCCGGUCGGAAUCUCGAUAGCAAUGGGAAUGAUGGCUCUAGGCGUUGGCCCUACUGGUCACGAACAGCUCUUCCAAACUCUUGGAUUUGAAGAAUUUGUCAACGCCAGCGCUCACUACGACAACACGACCGUGCAUAAGCUUUUCCGCAAGCUGACGCAUAGACUUUUCAGACGAAACUUCGGUUACACCUUGCGUUCGGUCAACGACCUUUACGUGAAAAGAAACGUGCAAUUACAAGAUAGGUUUCGCGGGGAUGUAAAGACUUACUACUACGCUGAGCCACAGUCCGUGGACUUUUCCGACCCUGCUUUUCUGGUGAAGGCGAACCAACGCAUUCAGAAGAUCACCAAAGGUUUGAUAAAAGAGCCACUGAAGAGCGUAGACCCCAAUAUGGUGGUGAUGCUACUGAACUACCUCUACUUCAAAGGUACAUGGGAGCAAAAGUUUCCGAAGGAAUUGACACAAUACCGUAACUUCCGAGUCAACGAGAAAACGCAGGUGCGAGUUCUCAUGAUGCAGAACAAAGGCAGUUACCUGGCAGCGGCCGACCACGAGCUGAACUGUGACGUACUGCAGCUGCCUUACGCCGGAAACAUCAGCAUGCUCAUCGCAGUUCCGCAAAAACUCUCAGGGAUGAGAUCUUUGGAGCAGGAGAUCUCUCCAACCCUGAUCAACAAGUGGCUUAACAACAUGACCAACAGGACCCGUGAGGUGGUGUUCCCUCGAUUUAAACUGGAGCAGAGCUAUGAUCUUAUCGAACACUUGAAGGAAUUGGGUCUGACAGAUCUGUUUACUGAGAAGAGCGACUUUUCCCCCAUGACUUCAGAGAAAGUCAACAUUAACUGGUUUAAGCACCAGGGCACUAUCACAGUUAAUGAAGAGGGGACCGAAGCGGCAGCAAUGACACAAGUCGGCUUUAUGCCUUUAACAACACAGACACGUUUUGUUGUGGACCGGCCGUUCCUCUUUCUCAUCUAUGAACAUCGCACAGGCUGCGUGGUCUUUAUGGGACGUGUGGCUAACCCUUCACGAACCUAAUCACACACAUCAUGUA